AUGAAAAUAAUUCUAGAUCAAAGUCUGUCAAAAGGAAUAUUAUAUUUCACCGCGCCUUACAAAAUCUGCGCUGGUGGAUGCGGAAGUGAGGAGCAAAAUUUCCACAUGGUAUUCCCUCUGUAUGUAGGCCGCGUUGCGAAAAGGAAAUAUACGGAUAAAUACUCGAGAGACUAUAAGAAUAUACACUCGAAGAAGCCCGACGCUCCGUUCAAAAGAUCUACGACACCGAAAGUAUGGACUCUAGCACCCGAAUGUACUACUGUGGCGGAGAAACCGACCACAGAUAAAAAUAUAAGCAAUGAGGUGCAUGAUGUAGAGCCGCCAUCAAUAAAGCCUGGUUGUCAAGUGAGAGUCAGCAAAGUCAAUUUUGGAAAAGUCACAACAAAAGGGACAAAGUUAUUAAGACAUGGGCGCCAAUAA